AUGGCGUUUUCUACAAACUCAACUCCUGAGCUGAACUCAACCUUUGAAGUCCUGUACACGUACCCCGAGUUGGUUUUUCUUGCCGUUGGGUUCUCUAUCCUGAUAGUCCUGGCAAUCAGCGGUAACUGCCUGGUCUUGGUUGCCGUGGCCCGUACCAAGAAACUCCAGAAUGUCACCAACGUGUUCGUGGUCAACCUGAGCGUGACUGACUUUCUGUCCAGUUUUGCAAGCAUGUGGAUUGUACCUGGCUUGCUGAGUAAAACUCCCGGCUACCCAUUGCAGCCCGACAUCCUGUGCGUUGCCUCGGCGUCUCUUGUGUACAUCACCAUAAGUACCAGCCUAUUUACCCUUGCAAACAUCGCCCUGAACCGAUGCAUCCUAGUCAUUAGACCUAUGGAGACCUACCAAUGGCUGUACACACCCAAGAAGACUGCCUUGAUGGUUUUUGGCUCUUGGCUAAUUCCCUUGUGUACCACCAUCAUACCGCCAUUGUCCGGCAUUGGUGGCCUUGGUUUUGAUCCAGAGACACGCUUCUGCAAAGAUGUGGAAACUCAUCCGAGAGCUGACGAGUACGACAACCUUCAAUUUGCCGUGUUUUGUCCACUGCCCUUCCUUGUCAUCAUUACUUCAUAUCUCCUGAUCUGGCGACAUGUUAGACGUCACUUCAAGAAGCGUGGACAACAUGAACACGGUCUGCAGUCAUCGAGCGGUAGACGUUCUGGCCCCUCGUCUCCUUCAAAGCAAGAGAGUGACGAUGCCCAUACUAGUAGCUCUCAACAGCCCGCUGGGGCUAUCAAAAGCACCCUGAGUUCACGUCGACUGAGCCGCCGUAUGAGGAAUGAGCAACUGGCAAUAACCAAGAACCUCUUUUUGAUUAUCUUAGUCUUCAUGGUCUGCGUCAUUCCUCAUGCCAUCAUUGAUGUCACUAGCAACCACCGAUACGAGCUGUACGGCGCCUUGAUCUUAUUCAUCAGUUGUUGCAUUAAUCCUCUCAUCUAUGCCGUCAAGCAUCCACAUUUCGGUCCAGUGAUGAGAGCAUUGAUACGCUCCAGAUGUACUUCAGAAUCUAAAAGCUCCUCUCAAAAGAUUCCGUAGACUCUACGAGACUCUAAUAAAUU